GAUCCAGAACUUGGGAUGUUUGGGCAGUUUGGCCUCGCAGGGCUGCACUUCUAAGUUUAGUUAAGUGGAGAAGCUAAUGCGCAGGUAGCGGAGGACAAAUGCCGGGAACCGCUCGGGGUUCCGUGUGCCUAACUUACCCUCCCGGGCCUGAAGUUCCAAAAACACGGAUUCUCCUGAAUCGAUGAAAAAUCACCGAAUAUUGAACCUUGACUUGGAAUUGGUGCUGGGAAUUCGAAACGCACCUAAAUAUCUGCCAAGGUAAUCUCAUGCCAGGUGUUACUUCGCAAAGAAUGAACCCCCGACUCUGCAAGGUAUCGAGGAAGGAGAGUUCCCAUGCUCAAGAUUUGAGAUCAUCUCGGGCUGAGAGACCGCUUGCGCUUCCCCGAGCAUCGCAGACCGCCAAGCACUUCCAUGAGCUGUACCACAGUACCACAGUACCACACUGAGUUUGUUCCAAGCCAUCGCCCUGCGAGAGCUGCGCCUGACCGGCUUGAUGAUUGGCUCAACUGCGAUGGCUCAACUGCGAUUUCCGACCCCUGUCGCCGUCGCUCCGAGGCUCGUUUGGAUUCCAGGGUGGGCAGCUGCGCCGUCAGCCUCAAACUCUGUGCCACGGACCGUUGGGAUCGCCUUCUUCUGCCGUUCCCUGCCCUCAGGCUGUCGCUGCUGCUCUUGCCUUCGGUCUGCUCCUUCAUUGUCGCACAUGUAAAAUUUGCGUACGAUGGCCGCCGAGUUCCACUCAGGCUUGGAGCCGACGCGGCAGGACUUCCCGGAAGUGAGGCCAGAACAGCCAGGGCCUACGAUCCAGCCGCCGCGGUCCCCAAGCCGGAGCAGCUCUCGGCUACGCCCGCCCCGCCAUCGACCUAUGGCGGCACCACGGCAGCCUUGCAGCUCGCGACCGAGCCGGAGUCGUCCAAGUCCGUCCUGACCUGGUCGAUAUGCGGAUGUAGCCUGCUCGUCUUCACCCUCUCGUGCAUCAUCGCCCUGCUCUCGGCCGCCGUGAUCGGGCUGGCGGCCGCGACCGGCGUCGAGGCGCAGCGCGCAACCAGCGCUGCGUCGAGCCUCGCUGACCUGAGAGCAGCUGCAACAGCCGCGGCAGCCGCGGCAAGCGCCAGCAGCACCGCCGCCAGCGUCAUCGACGACGGCUGCUCCAAAGACCCAGGCUCCGUCGACAACACGGUGUACACCGCCUUCUCCCUCCUCGGCGCCCUACGCUUCACGCGCUACUGCAACAAGGACGCGCCGCACCCGCCGAUCCUCUCGCUCUUCACGGCCGACUUCGACACGUGCAUGGACGCCUGCGCGGCCUACACCAAGUACGUGGCGCCGGCUCUCUCGUCGUCCGGCAAGGGGGCCAACGGCAACGGCAACGGCAACGGCAGCGCGGCGGCCGACGCGACCUGCGCCGCCGUCAGCUUCAUCCCCGCCUGGACCGACAAGGCCACGGCCCGCGCCGGCGGCGCCCCCGGCAACUGCUACCUCAAGGCCGGCCCGCAGAACGCGAGCGCGCUGACCACGCCCAACAUCGGCGUCGACUGCCACGCCGCCGUCUUGACGCCCGCUGCGUGAUUGAGGUCGGGGUGGUAGAGAGAGUUAACUGGUGCCGAGCUGAUCACAGCGAGAAGGCCGGGGGCGUUAAGGGUGAGCGGGAGGAGGAGGAGGAGGAGGGGAAUGGGGGUUUUUGUUGAGGGAAAUGCCGGGUGUGAAGAGUUGAAGAGUUCGCCUGGGCUGGGGGAGACCGGUGACGAGUGACGACGGAGUUUGUGGCUUUUAGGGGUUGCUUAAUGGUCGGUUAGUGUAUUUAUUCUUAUUCCGUACCAGCUGUGUGGUCCUUACACAGUAUAGUAUAUGGCUCUGGGGGAAGGAUUCAAAGCCUGGUCAAGGGGCCAGAUAACUACCCGAGGGCCAAAGGAAAAGUGGGUAUUUUCGC